CCAGCAUCGAAGCCGCCAUUUUGGUCGAAAAAUUGUAAUUUUUUUCCGGAAUUCUGAGGUUGAAAAAUAACUUUGCAAUAUGUCUGAGACUACUUUCCAAGCAGCGGCUGCCCAGCCAGCUGGCAAUACAGUACAAACUGAAGCACAGUCACAACUAGCAUCAUUCUGGGCAAAACAAAUAAAUGACAUUAGGAAUCUAAAAUCUGAUCAUUUUAAACAACAGGAGUUACCGCUAGCCAGGAUAAAGAAGAUUAUGAAGAUGGAUGAGGAUGUAAAGAUGAUCAGUGCUGAAGCACCAGUAUUGUUUUCUAAAGCUGCUGAGAUAUUUAUUAGUGAGUUGUCUCUCAGAGCUUGGAUUCAUACAGAGGAUAACAAAAGAAGAACUUUACAGCGGAAUGACAUUGCUAUGGCAAUUACAAAGUUUGACCAGUUUGAUUUCCUGAUUGAUAUUGUUCCUAGGGAUGAACUGAAACCGCCAAAGAGACAGGAUGAACAAGUGCGGCAAACAGCUAUGAUGCCAGACCAAGUGCAGUACUACUUUCAGCUUGCUCAUCAACUUCAGCAGCCUGCAGCUGCCACUGCAGCUACAACACAGCCAGCUGCAGCACAAGUUCCUGUGCCUACAACUGUUGCAUCGCAAGUACAGGGACAAGUGGUUACUGGGCAACCAGGACAGGUAAUCACAAUUGGAGGUCAACAAGUACAACUGAUACAGGCACAACCUGGUCAACAAAUACCAGGAAUACAACAGAUACAAGUGUCCCAAACGCAGCCAGCUAAUGUAUCGGGUCAGAUGACUGUUGUAACAGCCGGGAUGACAGAAAGUCAGCCCACUCAGAUGAUACAAUCACAGGCAGGACAGGUACAAGUGCAGCCCACAACAAUUCAACAAGUUAUCACAAAUACCGGAGAGAUACAACACAUACCUGUUCAGUUUAAUACAGCACAGAUUCAGUAUAUCCAACAACAACAACAACAGCAGCAACAACAACAGCAACAGCCACAGCAGAGACAAGUAACAACUGGACAACAGCAAUCUCAAGCACAGACUGUACAGGUUACACAAGCUGGACAACAAGGAGAAUUCAUUACACAGCUAGCCCCAGGCCAGACUGUGUAUCAGUUACCACAACAAGUAUUUCUUCAACAACAGCCUAUUGCCGGGACAACAGAUCAAGAUGCCCAGCCACAAACUCAGACAGUUGUGGAACAAGCCCAGUGAACAAACAAAUAUUUAACUCAGAAUUUUUUAUACAUUGAAUGUGUCUUUGUUUUUUCACUUUUGUGUACAAUUCUACUUUGAAUAUCAGUAGUGGCAAAUUAUUUAUUUUCAACAUCCGUUCCUUGAAAUGUUUUGUAUUAUUGCUGUUCUUUUUAUUUACCUUUCUUAUAAAGAAGUCCUUACAAAUGUGAUUUGAUCCCGUUGUAUUCCCUAAUAUUCUGCAAUUAGACUUGCAGGUUUCGGUAUCACACUGUAUUAUUGUGUAUGACAUACCAUCUUUUAUGUUUGUAGACAGCCUUGAAAUAAUCAAUAUUCUUGUCCUCCAAAUAUAUAUCAAUCACACCAAUGUAUGGCUGAUCAGUGUUUAAUUUGAAACACUGCAACAUUUUGAAGAAGAUGGAUUCAUUUGGCACAUUUGUUUUGUUGCACAAGACGCAGAAUUGCCUACGAAUGGCUAAUGUAAACGGACAGAGUAUCACGUGUACCAGAAAACCCACAAAGGGUGUAUUACAAUUGGGAUUUUAGGGAUAACCUUAAAUGUUGGAGACUGAGUCAUGCUCAUUGUAUAUUUCACUAGUUUAGUUUUAUUCCUCCUAGGUUACUUAGAUUACUAUGCAUGCAAAGUUAAUUGUUCAACAUUGAUUCUACUUCAGAUGCUAUAUUAUAGGUUUCUCAUUAUUUUAAAAAAAUUUUGUGAAAAAAAAUAGAAAA